UUUUGCAGUCCUUUUUACUUUUGCUCCUUUGCGUUCCUUUAAAACUUCUUUUUAAGAUUAAAUAUAUUAAUACAACAUAGUAAAUAAUAAUUUCUCAAUUCGCGAAAUAUAUAGUAUAUAGAUUAAAUUAAGCUUGUCUUAAUAUGUCAUAUGUAUAGGUAUACUGAUAUGUAGGUGGCGUUACAGGACGUGCCUUUUUAUCGAUUGUAAAUUUACAAACUAUUUUAUUGAUUUGCGUGAACCUAUGAAAAUGCAGCGUCAUUCCUUGAUAUACAAAUUUUCAUAAUAGAGAAACUACAUUAUAAGUUGGCAUUACCUCUACUGUAAAUAAGUUAAUAAGUAGUGCUUUACAGCUUUUUUAUUGGAACGAGAAAAAUGUUGGUAGACAUUCAAUAAUUUUUUCUUCUUUCGUCUUGUUGAAUGAAGAAAAUACGGAGCGUGCGAUAUCGAAGCUUUAGCAGAAGGUAUAUAAGAGAGAUAUACACGUGGGACUCAGCUGAUAUAUGAUACAUCGUGGCGACAGCAUUGGCGUCUGCUAGAUAUGCGAGUUGGUCUUAGCACACGAGCUUCUCGUAUUCAUGCGUGUGAUAUAAUCCGGCUGCUUAUCACUUGAACUAACUUGAUUAAAGCGAAUGUAGACAAUUGUACAGAUUGAGAGGUUUUCUAGCAGAACUUGUAAUCACAUACAUAUAGUAUACAUGUAUAUUUUUUUAAGAAUUGUCGAGCUACUUUUAUUAUAAUUAUAUAAUUCAGGAUAUUUUAUAUUUAAACGUUAAAUGACUUUUUAAAAGGAAAGUAAAUUAAGAGAUAGUAAUAAUUGUCGUAGUAUUAAAAAAUUAAACCAAUUAUAUGGCUUCGUCGAUAAUGAAGAUAACGUUUUCGUUUGCACAUCCCUUCCAAAACUCGCACGAAAACUCUGACGUCAAGCGAGGAAACCUGUUUGAAGUAACAAGUAAAUAUGUUGAAAUAAACUUCCGCUUACGCUAACACCUUAAGUCUCUAAUAAUUGUAAAAAGCGUCGUUAUAUAUUGAGGAGUUUUCUGAUAAAAUAAUAUAUAAGGCUGUGUUCUUCACAAGAAAAUUUCCAAUAUCAAUUCAAGUCUCAGGGAGUACAUAUAUGUGCGUGUGUGUAUAUAUAUCUAUAUAUAUACAUAUAUAUAUAUCAAUACAGUGACGAGCGUCACAACCACGCAAACGGCGAGCGCCAACACACUGACACUGACCAUCACAAGCGCGGCAUCUAGAGUGGUGUCAGUGGCAUCAGCAUCAGAAACUCGUCUCCAAACGAUAUCAGUCACUAGUCAGUCAGAGGCUAGGCGUUCACCGCGAAGGUUGUGUGUAGAGAGGCGCGUUCACAUUGCGCCUAUAAGCACUAAAAAAAGACUUCGACCUUCGACACCACCAAAGGUGCCUUCAGCCAGCCGAACAUGCUGACUCAACAAUUCUCGCUGACAUAAGUGUGAUUGUUUAUUCAAGAAAAAGUUUAUUAUAAUCAUCAAAAUUAUUCAAAAUGACGGAGCAAGAUAGAACUAAAAAAUUAUCAAGGUGGUAUUUUGGUGGAUUGGCUUCUGCAGGUGCUGCUUGUGUGACCCAUCCAUUGGAUUUACUUAAAGUUCAUUUGCAAACACAACAAGAGGGAAAAUUGUCUAUUGUUAAGUUAACUGUGAACAUUGUGAAGAAACAGGGAAUCACAGCACUUUAUAAUGGACUGACAGCUUCCUUACUACGUCAGCUGACAUAUUCUACUGUUAGAUUUGGUGUUUACGAACUAGGAAAACAGACAAUUGAGUCACCUGGUAAUCCAGCACCUUUUUACCAAAAAUUUUUGUUAGCUGGAAUUUCUGGCGCCGCUGGUGGUGUCGUCGGUACUCCUGGAGACUUGAUUAAUGUAAGGAUGCAAAAUGAUAUCAAGUUGCCAUUAGAAAAACGAAGAAAUUACACAUGGGCUGGAAAUGGUCUAUUACGCAUUUGCAAGGAAGACGGAAUUAGGACACUUUUUAAUGGCUGCUCUACAGCAACUGGUAGAGCAGUUCUUAUGACAAUGGGGCAAUUAAGUUUUUAUGAUCAAAUUAAAUUAAGUCUUCUGAAAACUGAUUACUUUGAUGAUAGUACGACUACACAUUUCUUGUCAAGUUUACUUGCGGGUGCGAUUGCCACAACUAUGACACAACCACUAGAUGUACUGAAAACCCGUGCCAUGAAUGCUAAACCUGGAGAAUAUAAGAAUAUGAUGCAGCUCAUUUUAUAUACAGCUAAAAUGGGACCUUUAGGAUUUUUCAAGGGAUAUGUUCCAGCAUUUGUUCGGCUUGCACCGCAAACAAUUUUAACGUUCCUGUUUCUCGAGAAUUUGCGCUUAAACUUUGGAUUUUAUCCACCACCGAAAGUAUCGCCAUAAAUAGCUUUGAGAUUCAAUACGUAGCACAAAUACUUCGCUCAAACUCCUAUAGUUAUAAGUGGCGACGAUGACAGCCUCACCUUAUGACUGAAUUGUGCUCUGAUUAUUGCCAUCAAACAUUUUUCUUUAUGCUUCUUAUGUAUAAGCUGUUUAUACAUUCUUCUUACAAAGUAUGUAAUGCCGUUACACGUACAAAAUGCCAUUUAAGUUCUUAUUGAUUUUACAAAUGGUUACAAAUGUUGAUCGUAUAGCCAUUGACUACAUUCCAUAAUAUUUUUGUUAAAAUGCUAAUACAUAUAUUUUUAUAGUUGUUCUUUUUAAAUAAGAAACAAUGUCCUGUGCGUACAAAUGAAUAAUUGUACAAUAUUGUACGAUAACGUAACUAUUACCUUAUAAAUGCUUUUAGUCUUGAAGACAAAUGUACUGUAACAUUGUUUGAUACAAUAUGAGAUUUAUAUUUUGUCUUACAUAGCCAAUAUACAAAUAUAUUUUGAAAUGGAAAAAAGAGUACAACUACUUAUAUUGAAUAUUUAAAAAAAUAUUAAGAAACGAGUUAUCACUAUUGGUGAAGUUAGAAUUUUAUUUGUAUCUUUGAAAUAAGCAAUUUAGAAGAGGGUUAAAUAUUUUGAGGAAUGACAAGUGAAAAUGACAAAUUUAUGACGUAUCAAGGAAAAUAGGCGAGCCUAGAAAAUAUUUUUACGCUUGACUAUAACUUAGAUCGUUUUACAUUUAUUUCCAUUUAUUUGACAUUUUCAUACACAUUGUAUUUUCAAUGUAGAUACAUGUGAUGUAUGUACUUUAAAACGUUAUUAUUUGUUGGAAAUAAAAUUGUGUUGAAUAAAAUAUAAA